AUGAUAACUUUACUACCCAUCAUUUUUUCCAUUCUAGUAGUGGUUACAUUUGUUCUUGGGAAUUUUGCUAAUGGCUUGAUAGUGUUGGUAAAUUCCAUUGAGUGGGUCAAGAGACAAAAGAUCUCCUUUGCUGACCAAAUUCUCACUGCUCUGGCAGUCUCCAGAGUUGGUUUGCUCUGGGUAAUAUUAUUACAUUGGUAUGCAACUGUUUUGAAUCCAGGUUCAUAUAGUUUAGGAGUAAGAAUUACUACUAUUAAUGCCUGGGCUGUAACCAACCAUUUCAGCAUCUGGGUUGCUACCAGCCUCAGCAUAUUUUAUUUGCUCAAGAUUGCCAAUUUCUUCAACUUUAUUUUUCUUCACUUAAAAAGGAGAAUUAAGAGUGUCAUUCCAGUGAUACUAUUGGGGUCUUUGUUAUUUUUGGUUUGUCAUCUUGUUGUGGUAAACAUGGAUGAGAGUAUGUGGACAAAAGAAUAUGAAGGAAACGUGAGUUGGGAGAUCAAAUUGAGUGAUCCGACGCACCUUUCAGAUAUGACUGUAACCACGCUUGCAAAAAUACCCUUUACUCUGUCCCUGUUAUCUUUUCUGCUCUUAAUCUGUUCUUUGUGUAAACAUCUCAAGAAGAUGCAGCUCCAUGGCAAAGGAUCUCCAGAUUCCAACACCAAGGUCCACAUAAAAGCUUUGCAAACGGUCACCUCCUUCCUCUUGUUAUUUGCUGUUUACUUUCUGUCCCUAAUCACAUCGAUUUGGAAUUUUAGGAGGAGGCUGUAGAACGAAACUGUCCUCAUGCUCUGCCAAACUACUGCAAUUAUAUACCCUUCAUUUCAUUCAUUCAUCCUAAUUUGGGGAAGCAAGAAGCUGAAACAGACCUUUCUUUUGAUUUUGUGUCAGAUUAAGUGCUGAGUAAAAGACCUGAAACUCUCAAAUUUCUAGAUUCGCAAGUGGGACAUCGUGUGUCUCCAAGACAAAACAAACUGAUGUUGUCUGGAACAUUUUAUACUUUCUACUGGUUUUUCUGUAUUGUAUGUUUUUGAGUAAUUUCCAAAAGUAUAUCUAGAAAAGUAUUUUACCUAAAGUUAGUCUAAAAAGUAUCUAUAUAUGCAUGUGUAUGUGUAUAUGAAACACUUAAGAGAGAGUGGCAAUAACAUAAUCAUUUUUUACAAACUGCAAAAUUAUAGAAAAUAUUGUAAGAAAUUUUUCAGAAUCAUGAAGCCAUGUGUAUUCACAAUACAGUUCAUAUUAUCAUGUUUCAUUUGAAAAAUUUAUGAUCUCUAUUUAUAAUUGUUGAGAACUUACAGCUUAUUUCACAAAAUCAUUGCUCUUUUCCACUGUUAUUUGUACCAUACAUAUGUACCAUAGUGUGCUUAAAUGUGAUUAUUUGAACGUCUAGUUUUUUGGAUGGUAUGAGCAUUCUAAUCUAAAUCAAUAAUGAAGUUUUAUCUUUGGGGUAGUUUUUGUUUCAUAAUGAAUUCUAAUUUUAUGUUUAAUUUAAAGCAAACAAUUAUUGUUAGAAAACUAUGCACAAAAUAAAAUUCAAGGAUGAAAAAUA